CCUCGAAUAAAGGAAAAAUAUCGAACUAUAACGUUGAUCUAUAGAUUUUUAAAUUUAGCAUCAUCGAUAUAAUUAUUUAUCUUAAAAUUGUUCCAAAACUGUUAUUUAACAAUAAUCGUGAAAAAAAGAACGUAUCUCAAUAACUAAACGAAAUCAUUGAAAACAAACCAUGAUAAUGGAACUGUAUUAAUUUAUUCGAUAAAUAAUAAAUAUGAGAGUUUCCUUUGUUUCAGAUAUCAGAGAAAUGUCAAGUACUAAGAUUACAGAAAAAUGUUAUUCUUAUUUAGAAAAAUACAGCAAAUCAAUGGUACCAUUGGAAGAGGAGGAGGGAAUCUGAAAUUCAUAGCAACUUAUUUAUUAAAUUUUUGCAACAUAAGAUAUAGAAUAAAAAAAUUUUCGCAUGAUUGUAUUCAUAAACAUCUAUACACAUGAAAUAAUUUUAAACAUAAAAAUAAAAUAUAUACAAUUUAUAUAUAUCAUGAUACAAGAUUUUUAAACUUGUAAUAUAUAUAAGACAAGCCUUUCAAAAGUUCCAGUGUUUAAAUAACUUCAUUACGGUGUUGCUAGUAGCUAUGUCAACGCAGUUUCCUCAUUAUAUAGCCGUAAUAGUUCUUCUAUUACUCAAAUCGAUUAUGGAUUCGGACGGUAAAGAGUUAAUAUCUGUUAUACAAUGGGGAUGUAUCGGUAAUCAAAGUAUAGAAAAAUAUACUUUAAAAAACAAAGUGGGUCAAGAAGUAGAUAUUAUAACGUAUGGUGCGACGAUAACAUCUAUUAGAAUACCAGAUAAAUAUGGAAAUAUAGCAGACAUCGUCUUGGGCUUUGAUAGCAUAGAAGAAUAUAUGAUGCCUUAUAAUCCAUAUUUCGGUGCGACAAUAGGAAGAGUUGCGAAUCGUAUAAAAAAAGGAGAAUUUACUCUAAAGGGGAAAAAAUAUCAUUUAACUAAGAAUGAAGGACAAAAUCAUCUUCAUGGUGGUACCAAGGGUUGGAAUUCAAAAAUAUGGCAUGCGGAUGUUCAAUAUAAUCAACUUGUAUUGUCUUUAUUAAGUGAAGACGGUGAUGAAGGUUAUCCUGGUGAUACCAUAGCUUCAGUCAUUUUUCAAUUAACCAAAGACGGAGAAUUAUGUAUCGAAAUGAAAGUCUUCGUUACCAAAGCUACUCCUAUUAAUUUAACUAAUCAUAGUUACUUCAAUUUAGCUGGCCAUACUGGUAACGCGAGUGAACUAUAUAAACAUCAAUUUACUAUAAAUGCGGAUCACUGGACAGUCACUGAUGCCGAAAGUAUCCCCACUGGAGAAAUUCGUUCUGUCGAUAAUUCUGUAAUGGAUUUGAGAAAUUCAACCAUACUUGGAGAUGUCAUUGACAAAGUACCAGGAGGUGGUUACGAUUAUAAUUUUUGUUUAACGAUGAACGAUACUGAAAAUGAAAAAAAUCUAGUUGCUACUGUUUUACAUCCAACUUCUGGCAGAUAUUUAAAGGUUUUUUCAAAUCAACCUGGAAUACAAUUUUAUACCGCUAACUUUCUUCCUGAAUCUAAUAGUACAGGUAUUCGAGGAAAGAAUGGAAGCGAAUACUUUAAACAUGCUGCGUUUUGUUUAGAAACGCAAAAUUAUCCGAAUGCGAUUAAUCAUGAAAAUUUUCCUAAUAGUAUACUUGAACCUGGAAAAAUUUAUCACCAUACUGUUGUAUACAAAUUUGGAAUAAUUGUUUAAAAAAUAUAUCAAUUUUUCAUAACUUUCUUAUUGAUAAAAUUAAUUAUUGUAUUAAUUUUUAUUAAAUCAUAAUA